AUGGCAAGAGAAGCUGAUAUAGUAUAUGUCGAUGAGCUUAAUGGUACUGAUGAUUCUGGUAAUGGAACUCGAGAAAAUCCUUACAAGACGGCUGUAUACGCUUUACAAGUAAAAGGCGGAGACAUAAAGAUAUUAAUUCAAAAAAGUCUCGAGGAAGGAUAUAAGGAUAUUUCAGGCGCAGCUUUAAAAAAGGCCAAAAAACGAGUUGAAGACUUGGCGAACAAAGCAAAAAAGGAGAAACUUAUGUAUGAAAAAGAGCAAAAAAAGCUUGAAGAAGCAUAUGAAAAAGAGCAAAAAAAGCUUGAAGAAGCAAAAAAUAUUAUUUUAACCCAAGAUCCUAACCUAUCACCAGCUUCAAAGAUAAAAAUUCGCAAUGCAAUUACCAACCGUGGAAAACGCGUUAAAGUGUCUGGGUGGGUUCAUCGUCUACGAACACAAGGAAAGGAUAUGAAGUUUAUUAUACUAAGAGAUGGAACUGGUUACCUUCAAUGUAUUUUAACCGGUCAAUUGUGUCACACAUACGAUGCCUUGACCUUGUCGGUUGAAUCAACGAUUACAGUGUAUGGUGUCAUUAAUGAAUUGCCGGAUGGAAAGAAGGCUCCAGAUAAUCAUGAGCUCCUUGCUGAUUAUUGGGAAGUUAAUCAUAAAGCGCCGGGUGCCGAAGAUGCUUUCACUAAUAAGUUAAAUGCCGAAGCAGAUCCUUCGGUAUUAUACGAACAACGGCAUCUUGUCAUUCGUGGCGAGAUUGCUUCGGCAGUUCUAAAAGUUCGGUCACGAGUAAUGAAAGCAUUCCGUGAUCAUUUUGAUUCAAAGGGGUUUACUGAAGUCACACCUCCUUGUUUAGUGCAAACACAAGUCGAAGGCGGAAGUACUUUAUUCGAAUUGAAUUAUUAUGGCGAAAAGGCCUAUCUUACUCAAUCAUCACAAUUAUAUCUUGAAACAUGCCUACCAUCUGUUGGAGAUGUAUAUUGUAUUUCGGAAUCAUAUCGAGCAGAGAAAUCUCAUACUCGUCGGCAUUUAUCUGAGUACUCUCAUUUAGAAGCAGAAAUGGCAUUCAUUUCAUUUGAAGAUUUGUUAGACAAGUUAGAAGAUCUGAUUUGUGACACUAUUGACCGUGUUCUUUCUCAUGAACCAACCCGAAAGCUAGUCUAUCAACUUCAUCCAGAUUUUAAACCACCAGAGCGUCCAUUUAUGCGUUUGGACUAUAAAGACGCGAUACAAUACUUAAAAGAUCACGAUAUUAAAAAAGAAGAUGGUGGUUUUUAUGAAUUUGGAGAAGAUAUUCCAGAAGCACCUGAACGUGCCAUGACCGAUCAAAUUAAUCGGCCAAUUUUUCUUUGCCGCUUUCCCGCCGAAGUUAAAAGUUUUUACAUGAGUCGUUGUAAAGACGAUCGUCGAGUAACAGAAAGUGUAGAUGUACUAUUUCCUGGUGUUGGUGAAAUAGUGGGAGGUAGCAUGAGGAUCUCCGAUAUGAAUGAGCUUUUAGAAGGUUACAAACGUGAAGGUAUUGAUCCUGCACCUUAUUAUUGGUACACGGAUCAACGAAAAUAUGGUACAACAGAACACGGUGGCUUUGGCUUAGGCAUUGAACGUUUUUUAGCGUGGUUGCUUCAUCGUGAUACUAUUAAAGAGUGUUGCCUGUAUCCUAGGUUUAUGGGUCGUUGUUUGCCAUGA